AUGCAGAACACAAUGGACUCAGGGGAAAGCAAAAACUCAGCUUGGCUAGAGCCUGUUGAGAACCUGGAGGACAGGAUGUGUCUGCAGCACGAUAAACCUCUGGAGCUGUUCUGUAGGACCGACCAGACAUGUGUCUGUUCGCUCUGUUCUGUUUUGGACCAUAAGAACCACGAGUUUGUUCCUCUGAGAGAAGAAACUGAAGGAAAGAAGGCAGAGCUGAGGAAGACAGAGGAUGAAGUUCAGAAGAUGAUCCAGAACAGACGAGUGAAGAUUCAGGAGAUCAAAGAGUCGGUGAAGAUCAGUAAAGAUGCUGCAGACAGAGAGAAAGCAGAAGGUGUUGAGGUCUUCACUGCUCUGAAGGAGUCUGCUGAGAGAGGCCUGAAGGAGCUCAUCAAGGAGAUCGAAGACAAACAGAAAACUGCAGAGAAACAGGCUGAAGACUUCAUCAAAGAUCUGGAACAGGAAAUCUCUGAGCUGAUGAAGAGGAGCUCUGAGGUGAAGCAGCUCUCCCAGUCUGAAGACCACCUCCACCUCCUCCAAAGCUUCUCCUCCCUGAAAGCUGCUCCACCCACCAAGAACUGGACAGAGGUCAGAGUCCGUCCACCAUCACAUGAGGGGACUGUGGUGAGAGCUGUGGCUCAGCUGGAGGAGGAGAUCAGGGAGAUGAUGAAGAAGAAGAUGAUGAAGGCUGAGAUGAAGAGGGUCCAGCAGUCUGCAGUGGAUGUGACUCUGGAUCCUGAUACAGCUCAUCCUGAACUCAUCCUGUCUCAUGAUGGAAAACAGGUUUACUGUGGGACUAAAGGACAAAAUCUACCAGACAAUCCAGAGAGAUUUUCUAAACAUGUUUCUGUUUUAGGACAUCAGAGUUUCUCUUCAGGCAGAUUUUACUUUGAGGUUCAGGUUAAAGGAAAGACUAAGUGGGGUUUAGGAGUGGCCAGAGAGUCCAUCAACAGGAAGGGAAUGAUCCCACCAAGUCCUCAGAAUGGUUACUGGACUAUUUGGUUGAGGAAUAGCAAUGAGUACAUAGCUUGUGCUGAUCAUCCAGUCCGUCUCCAUCUCCAUCCUGGUCCUGAGAAGGUGGGGGUGUUUGUGGAUUAUGAGGAGGGUCUGGUCUCCUUCUAUGAUGUAGAUGCUGCAGCUCUGAUCUACUCCUUUACUGGCUGCUGCUUCACUGACAAACUCUACCCAUACUUCUGUCCCUGUCUUAAUGAUGAAGGUAAAAACUCUGCUCCUCUGAUCAUCUGUCCUGUUAAUCAGGCUGAUGGUUGAUCUGAUGAAGCUCCAUGAAGAAUAAAUCUGUUGGUGAAGAACCUCCAACCUGAGUGACUCUGUAGUAAAAUCCUAAUGUGUCUGAUUCCUCUCUGCUAUUCAUGCAUCAUCUCCAAGCUCAGCUCCAGACCCUCAGAUCUUCCAUCCAUCCAUCACUUCCUUCAUGCAUCAUUUAUUGCAGGUGUUUCUGAUCAGAGACAUUAAACAAAGUCAGAUUCAGGAAGUAGCAGCAGCUUCCUGUCCACAGCUCCUCUAGUUUACAGGCCCAGUCUGUGGUUUGGCUUUAAAACUGAAAACUAGAAACAAACAGUUUAAAACUAACAGAGAAAAAGACUGAAGGAAAAACCCAGAU